UUGAGUAGUUUUUGUUGGAUCACACAACAUGGGCCGCUGUGGCUUUGUGGGGGCGUGCAUGAUCCGCCACUUGCCGACUCCAUAUAGGUACGUGAAGAAAUGCAGAAGAAAUGCACAAAGACGAUUGUCAAUUGUAACAAGCAGCACUUGAAACCUAGAAACAGCCAUUCCUAAACAUCUCGCCCCUCUCAUACCAGGCAAAUCCAAAUCCACCUGGCCAAGCAUCUCAGUCGAUGAGUAUGUGCUUGGCUCGGAUUCUCUCCCAAACAAGGUAUAGAUUUUGUAAUAAUAUACAUGGAGCAUGUCCAGCUGUGACAUUCACUGGCGCCGCAAAUCACUAAUGCGCGCUUGGGCACCCGCGUCUCCAACAAUUAAACCCCUGCAGUAUGUACCGCGGUAGUCGCUACUCCUAAUCUGGGUGGCGAAAUUGCGUUCUAGAAACAUGGCAAAAAGGUACAUACAUUGUCGGCUGUCCGAACACGGCAUUGUAGGGGCGAAACUUUGUUUGGUUGUCUUUCUCCCGCCGGAUUCUGAGGAACGUGGCAGCCACAUUUUUGUUCCUGGACACCAAUUGUGUGUCGUGAUAUUGCAUCUUCCGCCAUUGUUCCAGUUCAGCGCAAUGAAACCCACAAUCUCGCUCUCGUUGGCGACGUUGGGAACUAUACUUGCACAUGCACAGUAUCCCUCUGCUCUUCCAGAUGUUGCACCUGCGGCUGCUAAGCUUCCAGCCGACUCAACAGAUGCUGAAGUGUCAUUACUGGAACCUGAGACAGUGCAAGUCACUGACGAAGUGAUAGCAAAUCUUGUCGACAGUAAUGAGACGGCGGAGUACGCAGACUUGUUUGCUUUCGCGGAUAGCACGAUAUCGACCCCAGCGGCGCGGAAGAGAGACCUAUUGAGACGAUCUUCUAGUUGCAAGACAGCUCCCGGCGAUAUUCUAUGGCCUUCCGAUUUGGUGUGGGGUAUUUUCGAUCUAUUGACUGGAAAUGCCCUGGAUGACAUUGUACCACUUGGAUCUGUAUGCUAUCCCGAAUCCGAGUUCGAGAAUUACGACAAGGCGAAAUGCGAAGAAGUUAUGGCUAGUUGGAGUAAAGACGCUCUUCAUUAUAACGAUCCCGGCUCAGCAAUGUUCCCCAUAUACAGUGGCAUGACAUGCUUACCGAAAGCCAAUGCAACUGCCUCGGACACCUGCACGCUUGGAGGAUAUUCAAAGCUCUCGCUUGAGGUCAGAAGUGUAGCACAAAUCCAGCUUGCUGUGAAUUUCGCUCGAACCCUCAAUCUUCGUUUGAUUAUCAGAAACACUGGACACGAUUAUAACGGACGAUCAAUCGGAAAAGGUGCUCUUAGUCUGUGGACCCACAAUCUCAAAGAUAUCAUUUAUAUCAAGAACUACAAGGACUCGUACUACAGUGGCCCAGUCUUCCACGUCGGUGCAGGAGUGCAGGGUUUCGAGCUUCUUCAAGCUGGCGAGAAGUACGGUGUCAGUGUAACGACAGGUAUCUGCCCUACUGUCGGAAUCGCAGGUGGAUAUAUAACCGGGGGAGGCCACAGUCCUUUGAUGCAGCUUUUCGGCAUGGGAGCCGAUCAGGUGGUUUCUAUGAACGUAGUCACGGCUAGCGGACGUUUCAUUACCGUUACUCCGAAGCUAAACUCCGAUCUAUACUGGGCUAUGCUCGGUGGUGGAGGUGGUACUUUUGGCAUUGUUACAUCAGUUGUCAUGAAAGUCCACCCGAAAAUUCCUGUCACCGCCUCCGUCUUCAACUUUACAACCUCUCCCACUGUCUCCGAUGUCACUUUUUGGAAAGGCGUGCGCGCUUUCUGGGAUGAGAUGCCUAAGUACAAUGCUGCUAAGACGUACUCGUUCUUCCAGAUGAUGAACAUGGCCAACGUCGGGGUUCCAGGUGGUGGCUAUGCGUUCAACAUGGUUCCUUUCUUCGCCACCAACAAGACAGUCGAUGAGUUCAACGCCCUGACAAAGCCAUUUUUCGAUACUCUCAAGUCCCUUGGCAUUCCGUAUCAGAUUGAGACGAAGUACUAUGACUCCGUCUACCCGGCCUUUCAAGCCACAUUUGCCCCUCAGGAUCAGGCAAUUGGCAGCACCUCUGGCACCCCGGGAAACAGAAUGCUUCCAAGCAAGAACUGGGAGGAAGAAACUCUCAGCAACCAGACUUUUGACGCGAUAAAGCAUACCGUGGACAACACCAUUGUGACCCUCAUGUAUCACCAGAUGUCACAAAACCCCUCCCAAAUAAUCAACUCGGUCAACCCAGCGUUCCGCACUGAAGGCGGUAUGGUGGUGGCGGUGAACGGCGUCAACGAUCUCUCGCCAAGGGGUCUUGCUGAUGCUGGCGAAAAGAUGACAAAUGUUAUCAUGAAACCGCUCCGAGACGCAACACCUAAUGGCGGCACGUACGGCAAUGAAGCUGAUAUUUCGGAGCCUGGGUGGCAGCAAUCAUUCUGGGGCACAAAUUAUGAUCGCCUAGUUUCUAUCAAGAAGAAGUGGGACCCUACAGGUCUGUUCUACGUGUAUCGUGGUGUAGGUAGUGAAGGGUGGGUAGUUGAGGAUGGCGAUCGUGGGGUACAGACGCAGGAUGGCAAGUUAUGUAGAGUAUAG